AUGAGCAAAGCAACUCUUCUGAAGGCUUUGGCAUCAAGAGUACAGCAGGGAGUAGGAGUACAGGUGGGAGAGCAGGAAGGACCUUGUAUUAAGGCUGCCUCUGAAGCAUCCUCAGCAUCAUCGAUCCUUGGCCCCACUUUCAAAAGAAAACGGGGCGCAAGGAUGGGCUCAGGGAUGCGACGCGGUAGCUCCAAUUGUAACUUCGUUGUUGAACGCGUGAGUGUGAUUCCGAAGGAGACGGUGGCACUACGCGCACAUGCUACGGCUCUGCACACCUGCCGUGAGCGUGCGCAGCAGAGGGCCCUGCUCCCACCUCCCGCCGGUGCCACACAGGUACAAAGUGAGCUAGCAAGACGGGACCUCAUGCUAAGGCUUGUUCCUUGUGAGUAGAUUAGAUGGUCGGAAUAGAUGGACUUAAUAUAUAAUAAUAGGCAAUCUGUUUAUUCCUCUUCCCAGUAGAAGUUUAGGAUGACUAUUUGAGCCAGAACGAAGUACUUAGUUUAUCAUCAUGUUUAGGAUGAUUACUCGAGAUGUGUCAGUGUCUUGGACUUAAAAAGAGCCAAGAGUAGACUUUCUACUGAUAAAGAAAAGCAAGACAUUUAGUACUAGCUAUCUUAGAUGUCAUCUGAAUCUGAUGCCAGCAUCAGAGGGUCGUUGUCAUUUCUAAUGAUGCUUUCAGCAGGAAGCUCGUCGACGGCUCUGUUCAACGGUCCGAUCGCCUCUACAGCCUCUCCCGAACUAGUGUCCUCUCCUCAGCGUAUCUGCGGAUCCCUUUCUUUAGGAGCGAGGACACUGCUGCGACAUUUUUUCUCAGAGUUCGUGCCUUACGGCUUAUUCAUGUGCGAAGAACGCUGGGUCUUGCCGCACGCUCGAAAGUACUUCCAAUCGUUAAAACAACAAGCAGCAGGAGGAAGUGGAGUGACAACAAGUUGUGUCACACACAACAUCAACGCGAGUCAUCCCGGCAGCAUGUCGUCCAGCACACAGCUCCUACACGGAGGUGGCAGCAAUACCGCGUCAACGAGUAGAAGUCGAGAACCUAGUGUUAAGCCUACCGCUGAGCCUGAAGCAGCCUCAAAUGAUGUACCAUCCUCCUUGUUGGCUUCCUUUUCAACGGGAAAAAGAAGAACUAAGUAUCUAUUCUUACAAGGAUAUUUUUGUGACUCUCCAAGAGGAAGAUGCGACUUAGUACUAGCUCUAAUGGUGGAAGUCGGGACACAGGAGAUGGCACUAGGACGCCAAAUGUGGAAGAGCCUGCGUUCGCUGAUGAGUUCUGUGCGGGAGCGAAACUGCUACUACUGCUUUUUCCGUACUGUGAUGAUGAUCAUGUUGAUCUUAUGCAGCAGCUCCCGUUGAACUUGAAUGAACAUGGACGUGGAGGUGCUGAAGUAACUGCCUCUCAUGGAGGAAGCGGUUGUAGCACUACAAUUUCAAUUAGGGGAAAGGGUACUUUACAAUUAAGUUAAGGGUUCUUGUUCUUCCACUUGCUACCUCAGCAACGUCUACUCUACUUUUAUCUUUUUCCUAGCUAGGUACCUACCGCAACCGCGACGUCGAGGACAUUAGGGGUUCUAAUUGCUGUAGUAAUAUUAAAAGACCGUCGGAGGAGGACCAACAAACAUUCACUCACCAGUUUCUUUUGUUCUCUUCGUUUGUGGUAUUUUCUCUACCACGACUUCUCUUCAAGUACCAGAGGUCGUUAGUAGGUUAAAUAAUGAUAAAUACAAUUGAAAAUGAAAUUUUUCUAUCCACUCAUGCUCUCGCUCUAACGCGAAGAUGGAUAUCGGUUUGACUUUUGUCGCUCCGCUUUUCCACGAGUGGGCAGGCAGUAAUAGGAGUUUGAUUCAAAGCAAUGUAGAAAAUUUCUACACGGCCAUGAGCAAACGACAGGGACGAAGGUCAGAUGUUGGACUUGGUGGAACUUCUAUGCUGGAUGAUAUUUUUUCUCCCGUCAAUCUUUGUUUAACGAGGAGUCUACCCCUGUGGUCAACAUCCUGGCUGCGGUCAUUAUUUCACAAGGGGACAAGUAGGACAACUACUGCCUCUGCCAGGAUGCUCUCUAUCUACUAGGGCCCUCUGGGGAGAAAAAGCGCCAGUCUUUCAUUACUACUUCUACUAGUACAACUAGUACUUCUUCGACCUCUGCUGGCGCAUCCUCUUCCGGAAACCCAACAAACACAACGCCCCCAACGAACACAACGCCUAUGUCGAUGAUAUUGUUAAGGCCAGUACAGGAAAUCGAUAACAAUUUCAGACUCCGUUGAAAGGGCGGUGGCAUAUAGUCCUAACGCAAAAACUAAAAAUGGUCGUAAUUCAGAAUAAUGGCAUCAGGGACGUACACAGGACAGGAGUGCGACCUUCCCGAGCAGGAUCUUUGUACUACCGGUUUGAAAAGUAAUAUACGGGCACGAAGAUGAAUCUGCAGAUGGAUUCCGCUUCGUGAAUCACGAUGAAUCCGCAGAUGGAUUCGUCCUGGUCUUAGUUCAACUAAUAUUGCUACUACUAAAGCUCAACUAACACUGUUGUUCUAAUAUUGAAAGCGCAGACUCAACUUCCGAGCAGCUGGCUGCAUUCGCCGUUCCCUAUUCAAGAAUUUAUCUUGCUGUGCCUAGCGUGGCACUUCAAAGACGGAAUCGACUCUACUGCGAAUGGGCAGCUCUCGCCUAAUAUUAUGGCUCAUCUUCCUAAUCGUCCAUGAUCUGCAUCUCCGGAAGCAUCUUGAGGAUUCACCCCUUUAAGGGAGAAACAGACCCGCCAAGAUGACGUUCAAGGUCAUGCAUUCCAGGAAGAUCUAAUAAUAGUGGCACUUCUGCUACAACUAGUACUAGUGCGACUGGUUGUAUCAUGAACAUCGGAGGUACUACGACUGGUACGGGAAGAAAUAGCGACACGAGGACAUUUAUGAGUGCAUGCUGUAGGGAAUUUUAGUGAUAUACCAUUCCGAAGGAAAUGGAAAACAUCUUCUUCCUCUUCUUGGGAAAGGAAAAUACAAGAAGAAAAUAGGAGACCCAGAUGUUUUCUCGGAUCAUGAAUUUCCUACACCUCUAAGACAUGGAAAGACCAACUGAUGGCUGCCGACCCUUUUGUUUCCCUGUCGCUGCUUCUGUUGUCAUUUCAACUGUUGAAACCCAUGGUGCGGGCACGGCUUGUUUUAAGGCUCUACCACUAAAGUACCUAUCCUCAACCCCGUGGUCGGCUAAAUAAGUACUCAAGAAAUACGGCUGUAGGUCUUCUAGGAGCAGAAGCCUCCGACUCUAGGGGCAGACGCCUUCGAUUCUAGGGGCAGAAGUUCCCCAUUCUAGGGGAAUUCUAUGCCUUAAAGAACCAUCCCCCAGUGAGUAAUUCGUGUACUCUCUUGAGUCCAUACCGCUAAAGUAACUAUCCCCAACUCCCUCCGCUAAAGUACCUAUCCUCAACCUCGUCCUUAAUACCAUUGACAUCGUCCUUGGCCGCUAGUAGAGCAUCCUCAGCCCCCUCGCAUCAUGGAUCUUCUUUUUCUACUUAUCAAUCUUGUCCUUAACACCAGCAUCUACUUUUUCAUGAUCCUUCGGGAUCUUCUUUUCCUAUUGGGUGUGACUUCCAGAAAAAUGGAACCUUCCAUGCGGUAGAAGUUCUAACUGUGAUAUUGGAUCUCAUUUUCCAGCUCCUUGCGGAUCCGGUCGUGAGUGGAGCACUUUUGGUACCUUCACUUCAAGGGGAAGGCACGUCCAGUUCGGGGGAACUGCUAGCAUCAAGCUCCUCUUGGAAUGGUGUUGGUGGUGGAGGACAAGGUUCUCAAUUAUGGUCAGCUUUAUAUUCAACAUCUUCUCUCGUCUAUAAGUAUCCAUUUUUUACUUAGAAGUGGAAGUGCAUACGUCUAAACUUUAGACCGGAACAAGCUUUGGGCGAGUAUUUCUUUCGUCACUUUUUCGAGUUGUUGUUGGAGUUUUUCCGCCAUCUAGGCUCUUCGGGGUCUCCAGCAUCGGCCGGAACUUGCGCAGCUCUUGAGCAUUCGCUUCUUAGAAUGAUGCGCGGAGCACGUGGCACCAGUAGUACACGGAUGCCGAAGUCAGAAAAAUUUGAGAAUCUCUCAGUAGCACGAUACGCACCGCACACUUUUGCACUGCUGGGCAAUGGAAGCUCUUCAUUAAGAGAGACUCCUUCCGACCAAUAUAAAAUUGAGACUCCUUAUUUUUAUAUCGCUUCUCAAAUGUUGUCACACGCUUCUUCACAUAUAUUUGAGAAAUGGAAAUCUAUCUUCAGAACAAUAUCAAAACGGGGUGGAUCAAGCUACUCCUACUAGUACUACUUAUUGAUGUAGAUGAGAAACUUCUCUACAACUCCUCUCAUUCUACCACUUAUCUCACGCUAAACGCGUUAUAUGAAGUAGAUCCUUUGAAGAUGCAUUUGAUGUGCUAGGUAGAUUUCUUCUGAAGAUGGAUUUGUGCUAGUUCUAACAAGAACAUCAACUGCUUCUACAAGCUCGGCAGAAGUCGUGACCGGAGCCGCAUUGUGCGUGUCACCGCACGACUUGACAGACCCUGUAUGAUGCCACUCAUUGAGAAGGGUAAUGUUGUAGGGUAAUGUCGUUCACGACGAUUCAGGGGAAUGACGACGACGACAUGAUUACCCUCUCGCCAUUCUCAAUGAGUGGAAGCAUUCAGACCCAAGACUUAACGGGGGCAGCGCACCAGAGGCACACACCAGUGUGGUGGCUUUUACAUGUUAAGGCUCCUGCUCCCGUCAAUCUCUUCUUCAAAAGCAUCUUCUUGGGGCAUCCUACUCACUCUCCUCUAAGGGUAGAAAAACAGAAGACCCAAGAAAGAUGGCUCUCAACAAGGUAGGAACAAGAUGUCCCGCCAUUAGUCUAGGAGAACUAACUGGGACACCGUGAAUUAAAGAUCUAAACAUGGGAGCUCGUCAGGACCUCCACGUUGCAAACGAUACCGGAAGGGAUCAUUAUUUCGCUUGCCACCGAAGAACUGCAGAAGAUAUUGAGGGGAGACGUCCACUGCUUGCAGUACGAAGGCUAGUAAGGGGAGACGACGUCCACAUUAAUAUACCUCUUACUAGUAUGAAGGCUCCUGAGGGGAGGCGUGGUCCACUGUUCGAACCAGUGUGGAGGCUACUUCUAAGGGAGGAUGUUCAACAGAUUUCUUACAAUCUGCUCGGACUAGGAGGAAGGCGAAGGGAGGAUGAUCAACAGAUUGCUCAUAGAGGCUGAGGGAGGAUGAUGUUGAACAUAGUACUCUAGAGGAAUUCAAAUUCAAUUAUUUUUUGUCUAAGGUCUUCCACACGCGUUGUAUAAGAAGUGAAAUUUGUCAUUGUCUUCUAAUAGAAGAGUCUUCUAUCUUGUUGUCACUGUCUUCUUAGAAGAGUCAGUCUAUGUUAGAUUCAAUCUAUCUUGUCCGCAAUUUACUACUGCUUCAUGAUCAUACGAAUUAUCGAGUAGCAAUCUUGUCGACUUCAGGAACUAUUACUCGUGCAUGAUCACUAUGCUUACUUACUUCAAUCCCUUUAGUAUUGAAUAAACAACAAUCUUCUUCAAAUGCAACACAGGGUGGAGUACUGAAUGAACUUACGUCACCCUUAUUGUCGGCUUGUUUUCCUCUAUCUACCUGAAGGCUAUCCCUUCAUGCAAUCUAUUGUCUAGUACAUGCACUUUUUGCAUCGUGUUACAGUGUUUCAUAUUCAAUAUUGAGCAAGGAUGAUUUUCAUACUCGUAAGGGAUCCUUCCAACAAAAUGACUACUCCUGAGUGAGUCACUUCUAAAAGAAAUAAUUACUCGUGAGUCUUGUCUCAUUUCUGUUUCCGAAAUAUGGGCGUUUCUUCUCCAGCGUCCUCGUAAGAUGCUUUUCGUCGACCUCAACUGGCCCGAGUACAUGCGUUGGGACCACUAGGACAACUUAAACCAAACAUUUACUACUCCUGCGUCCUCCGGCGCUUCAUCAAAGCUAAGUUAUGUUGAAAUUAAAGGC